UGUGUAUUUGAUGUUCUAUAGAAAAAGGAAACAUAUCGAUUCUGAAUGUUCGAUAUAAUUCCAUUUCGUAGUCACAUAACCAAGUAAACAUGGAGGAGAGUAAGAAUAAAUUAGAUAUUGAGAUUGAAUCACAAAAAAAAUCUUAUGCUGGUAUUCCAGAAGCAGACUUUGUAGAAGAUGUGGAUGCAUUCAUGGCAAGGCCAGAGAACGAAUCCGUGAAUAAAGUUCUCCAAAAACUAGAUGAAAAUCAUAUGAAAUAUAAAUUCAUGGAAUAUAAUUUGGUUAAUAAAAGAAGACGAUUAAAAGCACAGAUACCAGAUCUAGAAAGAUCAUUAGAAAUGAUUGAAAAAUUACAAAUUGAGAAAGAUAAUAGUCAUGAUUUAGAAACUCAAUUUCUUUUAUCUGAACAAGUUUUUGCAAAAGCUACUAUUCCACCUACAGGUAAAGUUUGCCUUUGGCUCGGGGCAAAUGUAAUGUUGGAAUAUACACUUGAUGAUGCUCAAGAAAUGUUAACUAAAAAUAUUGAAGCAGCUAAGAAAAAUUUAGGAUUCGUGGAACAUGACUUAGAUUUUGUCAGAGAUCAAUUUACCACUAUGCACGUAAAUAUGACAAGGAUUUAUAACUGGGAUGUUAAACGUAGACAAGCACUCAAGAUUCCAUGAAAUUAUUUUUUAUUCAUGACUCUUGUAUACAACUUCUAAAAGAAUCUACAAAUUUUACUUCUAAUAUCUGCUUAUAUUUUAAAUGAGUUUAUAUCGUCAAUAAAAUACACGAAUUACAAAAAAUAUAAA